AUGCGCGCCUCCAAGGAUAACCUUUCCUCCGACGCCGUGGACAAGCGGAUCCGGGUGCUGAUCAAGAUUCUGCGUGAUCUUCGGAUCCACAUGUGCAACAUUGACAUCCACACCAAUGGCUCUGGGAUCGCGGAGAAGGAUCUCGGAACUCUAAUUCGAGUCCCUCACAGUGGAACCACCGACCCCGAGGCCGCUUCCGACGCGGAAAUCCCUGAGACCUCAGGUCCCACCAAGAGCAAGAGAGCUGCCCCCUCCGGCCCUGCCCCGAAGCGUGCCCGCGAAACGCCAAGCGCUGCGGCUACCCGGAGGGUGGAAAAAGAAAAACAACGCCUCAAGCAAAUUGACACCAGCAAGCAAUCUCAGCCCAAUAUUGACCAAUUUUUCCUGAUGACUUCCAAAAGUUCCGGAAGGAAGCUCCCCAAGAACCCCAAGAAGAAGGCCAAGCCGUCUCCAGCUUCAAUGCCCGUUACACUGGAAGUAGAGGUUCCGCCCAAGGCCUCUUCAUCUGCCAAGCCGGAUCCAAAGGACGUCAUCAACCUUGAUGACCUCCCUGAGGAGCCAAAUGCUGAAUCCAGCAAGGGCGAAUCUGACAAGGGCGCGUCCUCGCCUCAACCUCCGCCUGAACAACCCGAUGUCACCUCGGCUGAAGCUCCGGCUGAUGAUGCCGAAAAGAAAUUGCUCCUGAGUCGUGCAACUGAAACAGAGCAACAAGAGCUGAACGAUUUCGAGAGCGGUCUCAAAGUCUUUUUUGCAAAGCACAAGAAUGUGCGCCAGCUGCACGAAGAUCUGCGCGUCCUUGUGCUGGAGCAAAAGACAGAGAUUGAAGGGCUGCAUAAGAGAGACGCGGAGAGCCAAAAGUCCAUUGCGACCCUGGAGACCCGCCUCAAGAACUACGAAGAACAACUUGCCAACCGUCCUUCCAUCGACGCGCUUUCUGCCGAGCUCGAAGUGCUGAAGGCCGAGCGUGUAUCCCUCCAAAAGUUCCUCAAAGAAUCCUACGAGAAGGAAACUAGAGAGAAAAAGGAGCUUGAGGAGAAGCAUGCUCAGGCCACAGCGGAAUUGGCCGACAAGCUAAAGAAGAGAAACCAGCGGAUAAAAACGCUGGUCACCAAGGCAAAAGCUUACGAGACGGAGGCGGAGAAUAUUGACAAAAUGAUCUUCCGUAAGGACUUCUUGUUGUACUCCGGCUUUUUCAUAUUGAUUCUGCCUCAAUCGUGGAAGAAAUUGAUCGUAUUAUUUCACAGCGUCUCUCGGAUUCGAAUGGACCAAAGAGGCUGCCCUCAGCAGGACAGAGGCAUAUGA